UAGGCCUGAGUUGGAUUCUUCCCAUCAGUUUCCCAUCUCGCCCUCUGGCGGUUUCGGAUGGCAGCCCGAGUUAGUGUGACUACGGUCAUUCUCCAAGACGGGCACUGACCGUUUUCACGAAGGGACUGGGGUGGAUUCCAAAUGGGGGAGGAGGGGACGGAGGGCACCGUGCAUCUGCUGUGCCUCGCGGCCUCCAGCGGAGUCCCGCUAUUCUGCAGAAGCAGCCGCGGCGGCGCCCCCGCCCGCCAGCAGCUCCCGUUCUCUGUCAUCGGCUCCCUCAAUGGAGUCCACAUGUUUGGGCAGAAUCUCGAGGUGCAGCUGAGCUCCGCGAGGACCGAGGACACCACCGUGGUGUGGAAAAGCUUCCAUGACAGCAUCACCCUGAUUGUCCUGUCAUCUGAGGCGGGCACCUCGGAGCUGCGCCUAGAGAGACUACUCCAGAUGGUGUUUGGGGCCAUGGUUCUUCUUGUGGGACUUGAAGAACUGACCAACAUCAGCAACAUAGAGAGACUGAAGAAGGAGUUGAGGGCCAGUUACGGCCUCAUCGACAGCCUCCUGGGGGACUCCGAGCUCAUCGGGGACCUGACCCACUGUGUGGACUGUGUGGUUCCUCCAGAGGGGUCCCUCCUGCAGCCUCUCUCCCGUACCCAGGAAGCCCUCUCUGGGUUUGCAGAGGCUGCAGGCACCAACUUCGCCAGCCUUGUCGUGUCGGGCCGGGUGGUGGUAGCAACAGAGAGCUGGUGGCGGCUGGGGACGCCAGAGGCCGUUCUGCUCCCCUGGCUGGUGGGGUCCCUGCCGCCGCAGGCCGCUCGCGACUACCCCGUGUACCUGCCACAUGGGAGUCCCACGGUCCCGCACCGGCUUCUGACCCUGACGCUGCUGCCCAGCUUAGAGCUGUGUCUGGUCUGCGGGCCGCGCCCUCCCCUUAGCCAGCUGGAUCCACAGCUUCUGGAGCGCUGGUGGCAGCCAAUGCUGGAUCCGCUGCGGGCCUGCCUGCCACUGGGACCCCGAGCCCUGCCCGCUGGCUUCCCCCUGCACACGGACAUCCUCGGGCUGCUGCUCCUCCAUCUGGAGCUGAAGCGUUGUCUCUUCACCGUGGAGCCUUCAGGGGAUAAAGGUGAUGGAGAGCCGGCAGGAGGGUCCUGGGCCCCGGAGGGGCUAUCCGUCACCAUCUUCCUGUCCCUUCCAGAUCCUUCUCCUGAGCAUCGUCGGUGUGUCCUCCGUUCCUUCUAUACCCUGGUCACCGCAGUGCACUUCCCACCAGAGCCCGGGCAUCAGGAGGAUAAGGCGGAGGACGCAGCCCAGCAGCCCCAAGUGCCAAAAGCCUGCUACCUGGUGUCGGGGACUGAGGAGCCGGGCACAGGGUGGCGUCUGGUGGCCCUGCAGUCGGGGCCGCGGCAGCUGCUGCUGCUGCUGUCUGCUCAGAGUCCCAUCCACGGGCUGCGGGGCCUGGCCACCCGCACUCUGCACGCGCUCACCCCACUCCUCUGACAGACAGGGGCCCAGGGCUGUUAGCGUCUCUCUGUUUAUUUGAUCACAAUAAUACACAGCCCCUGGACGGGGAGGGGGCAGGAGGGGCCACAACAGGGUGGGGCGGGAGGGGAGGGGGCGCCUUGCUUCCCUGGCCCCUCUCCCCUCUGUGCUUGGGGGGGAAAGGGAGGGAGGGGGCUCCCCCUUACCCCCCAGAAUGUAAACAGCAGCAGAUGAACAAAAAUAAAAAUACAAAAGGCCGGAGGAAGGUCCCAGGCA